AUGUCUGAACUAUUAUACGAGCUUGUUCCAGUCACGGAAUGGCUCCCUGAUGGUGAUCGGCAUCCUACUUCCACGAAAUACACCACAGCAUCACCAGCAUCACUCCCUUCUAUCAUAAGAGAUCACGACAUUUGGGUAUUUUUAGUCUCGCUCUUCCACUACAUUGUAGCUUGGUUUACGCGUAUAUUAUUCACAACAAACGAUACCAUAACUAGUCAGUUUGGUAGUAUAUCGCCUGGUGUAGUCAGUCUCAUAGAAUCGCAGAGGGGACCAUGGAAGUUGGCUGUUUCUCCUGAUGGAGCCAAAGUCGCUGUCUUGCUAGACGAUCGUAUUGAAAUAAGAUCGUGCUUAAAUCCAGCUUCCAAUGUCCAUGUCAGAGAAUUCGGUGUCAAAGACUCGGCGCUUGCUUGGAGACAGCUGGCAUGGUCGUCUGACUCUCAAAUAGUAGCCUGCUCAGAGAGUAAUGGUACCAUACAUGUCUUACUGGAUGAUGCCACAGAAGUUGCCGUUAUAAAACAUGAAAAGAUCUCGGAUCCAGUCGCUGGGUUUGCAUUCUUUAAAUUGCAACAACCAGUAUCACAUGACGGAGCCACUUAUGAUCAUCAGCUCGUCGUCGUAUCGUAUAUGGCAUCGGCCAGAAGCUAUCUCAUCAACUUGGACGGCCUGAUAGAAACCAAGCAGGACGUAGUUCGAAUCUCUAAACGAAGUCAAGGUCGACCAUCGUCCAUAGUAUACUGGCGUAAAUUAUCCUUUAGACACCGUCAUGCAUGGAUUGCUGCAGUUGUAUUUGAUCCAGAUACGUUUAUAUUAUAUCUAGGAGGUCAACCUCCUCGAACCCACCUGGACGCAACAACCUCACAAAUACAACACCAACAUAAUGCACCUCAUGAAUCAUCAAAAUCUGUAUCUGCUUGGAGCUUGAUACCCACAGCACCAUACUCUCAAGAAUCAGAUGGCACGAAAUCCAGUGAAAGAAGUGACGGACGUAGUUUGUUCUCUAGUCUCAAAAACGCAUUUAGGGGCGCUCCGGCCAUCAAAGAGGUUAUUGCAGAUAUGGUGCAUCAUCUCGCCUUGUCACCAGACUGUAGUCGCUUGUUUGCAGUCGAUGCUGGUGGCUAUGUACGAUUAUGGGAAGCACGACACUUUAGACUUGUAAAGGAAUGGACGACAUCAGAAUUGUCAAAGAUGGCUGAUGUCAAUGAUAACUCCAAAGUAUCGUCUAUAUCAUGGAUGUCAGAAUCUGUAGUAGGUCUGGUAUUCGAUGACGGGGCCGUUACCUUUAAUCAUGUACCGUCCUUGUCACUCGUAUCUCGAGAACGAUUCCUGCCUCACUGCAGUAUAUCAGGACCAACUUCCAAUGGCUUGCUCGUGCUAGAGGUGCAAACAGCGUGUACAUUAUUGAGGAUUCAUGGAGCCAAAAUGGAAGUCAUCCAAUCAGAUUUGCGACUCAAUGAUGAAAAUCUAGACGGAAAAGAAAAAGAUCAGGAGGGAGAAUUGAUUACCGUCACUCAAAGAAGAUUUAAUCUGGUCAGGUUGACUACAUUGACCCCACUAGAUUGCUUGACGAAAUGUAUAGAUAGGAAACAAUACGAACUAGCCUCAGAACUAGUCAAACGAUUUGGCCUAAGUGAAGAGUCAUUACGAAAAGCUCAAUGGCUGGAUGCUCCAGUUGACGAAACAACUAUAAAAUCAUAUUUAGCUCGAAUCAAGGAUGUCGAGUGGGUGUUGAACACUUGUAAAUCACGAGUAGGCACAACACCUGGUGCCACACGAGCUCUGUUAAAACAUGGCAUCAAAAUAACCAGUGCCUUCAACGCAGACGAUGUAUUGAGACGACUACCAAAUAGCAUAGAAAUGUGUGGACAUCGUAUCCAAUUAUGGUAUUUCCUCGACCUUCUCGAUACGCACGAGUCUAUAUACGUCGACGCUGGUCUUCCUGACUAUGGCGAGCACUAUGGCUGGUUUCGUGGUCUCUCUAUACUUGAUCUUGCUGUGGGAUUUGCCCUAGAUGGGAAUUGUACAGCAUUGGAAGCCUUGCUGACUCGGCAUGGUCAUCAAAUAUUACCUUAUCGCAUGUCAUUACUGGAAUUGUUACCUGGAAGUACCGCACCAACUAGCUAUUAUCGUCUGCUACCUCAAUUCCAGAAUACUGUUGAAGUACCGUAUAUCGUCAUGCCUUGGCGUAAAUCCGAUUGGUCUGAGUCUCCUUCGGUGUUGUCUAUAGUCGACUGGAAGCCUCCUUUAACGCUAUCAGUCAUUCAACGUACUCAAAUAACCGUACCGAAUGUACGAGAUUGGCUUGUCGGUAGAAUUCGGUUCGUAGAAGCAGCAGGAUUGCCCAAUCUAGCUUUGGAAUUAGCUAAAAUGAGCACCAGUCGAUAUGAUUUGAAUGAACUGGUCUGGGAUUUGACGAAUCUAUCCACACUUAUAUACGAACGAUACUCGCCAGGCUCCAGCGACGUAGUCAACCUGAAUCUGUCAACAAUGGAAACUGCUUCUGAACUUGAUAUAAUCGGAAUGUUUAUGAGUCUCGGAUUUGAAUUGCUAGAAGUAGCUCGUCGAUUUGUAGCUCCCUUCUUACAACGAGCAAACCUCAAACGACGAAAACGAGGUAUUGCAGGAGAUAGCGCUCGAGUCUUUGGUGAUUGGAUUGUCUCCAAAGCUACAGAGGGUAAAGAAGGGAUGGAUUUAGCUGUACGAAUCCUAGAAAUUUCAGCAGAUGAAGCGCCUAUAGACAAACGAGUAAUUCAGUCACGAAUCAUUCAAGCCCAAAUUGUCCUUGAAACCGCAUAUUUAGCUACGGAGACGGUCCCGCUAUCUAUGCUAGAACGCCUCGCAGCAUGUGCACCUGAUUUAUAUGAAAUCGGUGCACUGAACGAGAUUGGCUCGGUUGACGACUCUCAAGAUGAAGCACUUCUAGAUGACUUGAAUGUCCGGCUAGAAGUCUUGAAAUGUCAUCUUGCUGCUAUUCGUAUCCUAGCCCGACACAAGGUCCCCAAAGCUCUAUCUUGGCUGUCAUCUGUCAGUGAUCAUGUCGCUCAACAAAAGGCACUUUGUACACAACUUGUACGUCGUUUUGCUAGAGAUGAUUCUGCAUCUGCGUUGGGAAAGACGGAUGUUAGUGAUACUGUCUGGAAGGCCUUGUUUGACGAUAUGAUGGAGUUGAGAGCUUUGGGUGUAUUGGGUCUUGUUGAGUUGGAUGAGAUUUAUCGGCAGUUUAUUGCUGUUGCUCUUAGUGCUGGACGCUUUGGACUAGUACGAGACUUGGUUUCUGGAGUCAAGGACAUGCCACCAUUAUCAGAGGAAGAAAUUGAAACUCUGAUAUUGGAUGCUAGUCGUGAAUUUUAUGAUAAUGCAGAGUCCGGUGAUAUGACGCUGGGUUUGAUGAAGAUGGCUUAUGAUUGCCUUCGUAUCUUGCCAAGUAAAUCGCGGAUAAGAUCAGAAAUGGACUUGAUUGAAGCCACCCAUGCUUUAUCCCGUAUAGCCGAUCUCGAGAUUCUACCUAUGCAGAUUCGCAUGUCGACCGAUCGUAUCGCCUUGAUACCAAAAGCUCUCAAGGCUUCUCCCAAUACGAUUGGAAACGCUGAAAAAUGGCUUGACAUAGCCCGUAAACUGUCCCCUCCGAAAUCAGAUUCAUUGUUGACGGAAAUCCGAGUACGAUCAUAUAUAGCUGAUACAGCCAUAGAUUCCGAAAAUUGGGAAGUCGCUACAACCCAAUGUAACGGGCUAGUACUUAUGGUUCCUGAAACGCAAGUCAUUGAUGCUGUUUGGCAGGUCUGUUAUCGACUAUCAACGCAUCCUAAAUAUCCUGACGUUAAUGACAAGAUUAAACUUCUUGGCCAUGUAACUGCACUGUGUCCGCCAUCUCGAAUUGGCGAUGCUCUGGAUUCUUGGAGUCGGGCAGCUGUUGAAUCGGAGUUUGUGAAAUAUCUAGGGUAUGACGCUCCCACCGAUUUUACAGAUAUGGCAGACAAAGUCUUGAAUGCGUUACCGUCAGACACUAGUCCUCAGUCUGAUGGGCUGAUCAUAAACGAAUUCUAUCAAAAACCACUCACAACCUCCAGUGUGGAUGUGUAUACCUGUGAUGCUGAUCGAGACGACAAGAGAAUUCGACGUCUUAAUAUGAUUAAAUUGUUGACGAGAAUCGAGUCUCUUGCUCAAAGUGAGGAUUCUAAAUCGGUGGCCAAAUUCAUUCAAGCCGGGUCACUGGAGACUGGAGCAUCAUCACGUAUUAGUGCACUUGAUUUGGCUCAGGCUGCAUGGAAGUCGGAUGCUGCUUUGGCGUUGGUGUCUCUUCUGAAUAUCGAGAUAUCACAAAUGGAUUCCUUCUUUGAUACAAUUCCUCCAACAACCUAUAACGAGCAAUUCGCUAUAUACGCUUAUGCUUUACGAGCUGUACUGGGCUUGACCUCAGCCGAAUCACCAUCAGCGAUUCAAGAUAUCGCAUUAUAUACACCUUCUGCAAUUGCUUUGGCUGGUCAAGCUUUAAAGCAAGUACUUGCUGGCAAAUCUGAGCAGCCGGUUGAUGCGUGGAAGAUGGCUAAGGAGAGUUUAGAUCAUGGGUUAAUAUGUUCUGAACGUGCUAAAGAUCGGCGCCAGCAGUCUGUUGUGAAGGAAGUCGCAAGUAGGAAGGGUGUAGAUGCUGACAAGUUUUCCAAUGAUCCACAAUACCGUCGAGAAUCUUUGUUAGCACUGGCUGAGACUGUGGAAGUUAGUGGUCUCGCGGAUGCGAUUAAGUCUGCAGAGCAGUUUGGUGUUGGGAUUUACGAUAUAUGCAUUCACCACAUUUGCUGGCUCUUUCGUCAGAAGCAAUUGCCGGUAUCGGUUCUAAGAUCACGAAUCAAUGCUGUUCGAGAACGGCUUAUGAGAGAUACUGCUCAGACGUUGCAAUGUUUGAGAGUGCUUCAUUCUGAUAUCGCUGUGAAUGAUCAUGAACGUCUAGUGCUGUUAUAUGGACUAAUUAGACGUUGUGUCGACUCAACUGAUCCUGACCUCUCUGCACGACUUGCAUGGAGAGUUGCUCUUGCUGAAGAUCUUGCUGCACGUACAGACUUUGUGCAAAAGGAUUUGCGAUUGGUUAUCAAACUCAAUUCGACGGGCGCAUCGGGAUAUUUGGAUUUGUGGAAGACGACUCCAACUAGAGAGUUUGCUGAUGCGCUUGUAGAGUUGCUUCCAAGGAUGUUGGAUUUGCAACCCGAAUCCGUGUUUCCUGAUGAAGCUGAAUAUGCUCGAUCUGAUACACAAGUCAAGGAUGUAGCGCAUCUGCUUUAUCGCGCACAUGUUGCCAAUUUGCAAGCUGCUAUAGGGAGUGCCAACGAUUCGAAUGUGAUCAUCGAUGAGAUCGACGAAAUGCUACCUCAACUAUCUCUUCACGACGCCGGUGAAGUAGUACACGACCUUGCUCUCACUCGUGUAUUGUCGGUUUCUGCUCGUCUUCAACUCAUCGAGCAUGCCUUGACCUUGUCUGAUGGCGAGACUGCAGAUUUGGACUCGCUUCAUUCCAUAUAUCAGCAAUUGCAUUUUAUUCAUUCCGUGUCCAAACUUUCUGAUCCAUCGACGGAGGAAAAGCUUUCGGCCAUGAUGAUGGAAAAGAUUGAAUGGACUGCUACGAAUAAUCGAGAGAAUCUUUCAGAAGUGAUCGUGUCCCUGAUUCUGGAUAAAACGUCACCUCAUCUCGUCUACGGUUUGGCCACAUUAGCCUCUACUCUGGACGUACCCAUAGAUGUAUGCCAAAUAUAUCAACGAGUACUGCGAGAUAUUCUUAAAUCUAAAUCUCUGGAGGAUGUGGAAAGAGCCGAGGGGGUCAUUCAAGCCGUCACUCAAUGCGUUGUGUUUGGAGAUGAUGAUGUCGAAGGAGGAGGAUGGAAUACAGAGUCUGGUAUUGAAGCGUCGUUGACUAAAGUUGAACUCAUAAUGCGUGAUGAGGUUGUCAGGUUGAUGGAGGAUUCGAAUGUGGAUCCAGGUGUUAAGCUGGCUUGUGCUGAUAUUAUUGAAAAGAACUAUCCAGGAGAUACAUCUGUUGUUCAGAAGCUGCAGCAGGCUAAGAUGGCCGCACUUGUAAAAGAAUCAUUUGGAAUGGAUAUCUCGUCCACUGAUGCUGAGACACCCGAGUCACGUCGUGCCUUGUUUGUAAAUUUGCUACAGUCAGCACGAAACACGUCGACUUCUCAGUCUCUGUUGACUUUACUGGAAGGGUGGUCACAGACAGAAUCAGUCAAUGCCGAGUAUAUUAUAAAUUGUUGGCGUGAUGUAUUGCUCAAGUUCGCUGAGGGGUCAGAGUAUCAGCUCUUGCUGGAAGCUAGGUUGUCGCUGCCGUCUGAUGGUAUUUUGUCCGAAGAGGUUGAAGCGCAACUCUUGAAUUUGCUGAAUGGUCAAGAUCCAAUUCAGCAUCUCUUACAUGGCUUCUUGUCUGAUCGACAAUCAAUAGUAUCUACGACGGUCGAAGCCCUUGGAGCAUACAAGACCACGUCCACGUCAAAGUCAUUGCCACCCAGAAAUAUGUUCACACGUCUCGUAUUCUUGAUGGCAUGUGGACGUGGUCUAGCAUCUCAACUAGUCAUAUCACCACUAUGGUCUCUAGUCACAACCUCGCUAUUAGACACCACUCCACAAAUGAGUGACACUAUUGAAUGUCGUCGUGCCAUCGUAUCAGCAACGAUUGCGGAUUUGACUGUCGCAGGGCACAUUACCGCCGCUGCUGGUCUUGCAACGCAAUAUAUGGUAUCAGGUAGUGAGACAAUAUUGGGAUUAUCCGCUCAUGUUGGUGUUUUGAGACGAUUGUUGGGGAUGGGUGGUAGCAGUACCAGUAGUAUGGCUGCACCGUCGAGACGAACGAAUGUGGAAGUGAGUAAGGAUGAGAGUAUUGAAGCUCGUGUAUUGGUGAGGGUUGUUGCUGGUUUGCCGGAUAUUAAGGAGAAGAGUGGGGAAGCGUUGGGACAGUUGAAUUCUCGUGUUGGGUGA